AUGAAUUUAUCAAAGGCCCAAGUUAAUAGUGAAGAUAAGUACGCCAAAUGCGGCGCGUGGAGAAUGCCACAGCAAUACGACCUCGAGACGAGUCACGGGCGUGACGCACACGCUCUUUAUAACCAAAGCAGGCUCCUCUGCAGAAUGUCCAGCAAGGACCGCCACAUUGAGUCGACUUGCCCCUCAUACAUCAAGACAGAACCUUCCAGCCCAGCGUCUCUGACCGACAGCGUCAACCACCACAGCCCCGGUGGCUCCUCGGAUGCCAGUGGCAGCUACAGCUCCACUAUGAACGGGCACCAGAACGGGCUGGACUCACCCACCCUCUACGGCCCCGCCAGCGGCCUGGGCCCCAACAGCGCCGCCUCCAAGCGUUACGAGGACUGUUCCAGCACCAUCGCCGAAGACUCGCAAAUCAAAUGCGAGUACAUGCUGAACUCCAUGCCCAAACGCCUCUGCCUGGUGUGCGGAGACAUUGCGUCGGGCUACCACUACGGCGUGGCCUCUUGUGAGGCGUGCAAGGCUUUCUUCAAGAGGACCAUUCAAGGUCUGGCCACAGGAAACAUUGAAUACAGCUGCCCUGCCACCAACGAAUGUGAGAUCACCAAACGCAGACGGAAAUCCUGCCAGGCCUGCCGCUUCAUGAAGUGCCUAACAGUGGGCAUGAUGCGAGAAGGUGUGAGGCUGGACAGGGUACGCGGAGGCAGGCAGAAGUACAAGCGCCGGAUAGACGCCGAGAACAGCCCAUAUCUGAACCCGCAGCUUACCCUGCCGCCCAAAAAGCCCUUCCCCUUUGGCUGCCUUGCAGAUAAUAAGAUUGUUUCCCACUUGCUGGUGGCAGAACCGGAGAAGAUCUAUGCCAUGCCGGACCCCACCGUGCCCGACAGCGACAUCAAGGCCCUGACCACGCUCUGCGACCUGGCUGACCGCGAACUCGUGGUCAACAUUGGCUGGGCCAAACACAUCCCAGGUUUCUCCACGCUGUCACUAGCAGACCAGAUGAGUCUACUGCAGAGCGCAUGGAUGGAGAUCUUGAUCCUGCGUGUGGUGUACCGCUCGCUGUCCUUUGAGGACAAGUUGGUCUAUGCUGAAGACUACAUCAUGGAUGAGGACCAGUCCAAACUGGCCGGCCUGCUGGACCUGAACAAUGCCAUCCUGCAGUUGGUGAAGAAAUACAAAACCAUGAAGCUGGAGAAAGAGGAGUUUGUCACCCUCAAAGCUAUCGCACUGGCUAAUUCAGACUCCAUGCACAUAGAGGACGUGGAGGCGGUGCAGAAGCUGCAGGAUGUUCUGCACGAGGCUCUUCAGGACUACGAGGCCAGCCAGCACAGCGAGGACCCGCGCAGGGCAGGCAAGCUCCUCAUGACCCUACCCCUGCUCCGCCAGACCUCCACCAAAGCCGUGCAGCACUUCUACAGCAUCAAGCAGGACGGCAAAGUGCCCAUGCACAAACUGUUCCUGGAGCUGCUGGAGGCCAAGGUCUGA